GCGUAACGUCACGAACCGCAUUGAGCAGCAUUGAGCCAAUCGGAAUUGUCCGAAUUCUCUUCAGCCAUCCAUGUCAAUUUCUGCGGAAUUGAAAGCUUCAGCAAGAUCAGCGUACCGAAGCCUCUACCGAGCAUCUUCCUCUACAUUCGGUGGGGAUGCUACUGUUCUUUCAGCUUUUCGGUAUAAAAUGAGGGAAGACGCAUCAACGUACAAGUCAGAAACGGAUCCUUCUGCUUAUGAAGCACAUGCAACGCAAGCUAGAGACAUUGCUCAAUUUCUACGACGUAAUGUUGUACAGGCGACUAAAUUACCUGAGGAAGAGACGUGGUCUAUCCGUAUUACGCAGGAUACCGAGCUCGGCUCCAAUGACUCGGUCAAAAACCCCUCAGUAAUGCCUUCCAAUCGGAGAGCAGCACAUACAGAAAAUGCUGCUCCAGCUCAUGAUACAUUCCCGCCCAAACGUCCAAUGUAUUAUUCUGCUCUCAAACGCGCUUCCAGUCAACGCAAGAUCCCCGAGCUGAAAGAAGAGGAUAUUGAGGAAUCGUUUGUGCGCGGCAGUGGUCCUGGUGGACAAUCUGUAAACAAAACUGAGAAUAAUGUCCAACUUCUUCAUAAACCUACGGGCAUUCGCGUAGCAUGUCAGGAAACACGGUCUCUUUUCACGAAUCGCAUGUUAGCUCGUCGGUUGUUGACCGCUAAGGCCCGUAUCAUCCGCUCUGUGAUUGAGGUAUCAACUAAUAGUCUGCAAUCCGAAUGUCAACAGUUGGACGCGCUUGAAAAUCCUGGUCUGUCCAAAGAAGAGUUAAAAAGAGCCAAACAACGGGAGAGGGAGCGCCGACGCAGAAAGAAGGCAAAAAAGAAGAUCGAAAGGAAGCAGAUUGAGACAUCAGAAGAAAUAGAGGACAUAUCAAAGAACUAA